CACCAAUCCAAACGCAACUUAAGUAGACAUUCCAUUCCACCAAAAGAAGCAACCACACCUGCGAAAAACACAUCAACCCAACCAACCGAUUCCCCAUCUCCGAACCGACCGACGCAGGCGUCUCUCCUCCGCCACCGCCCGGCCAACCGGCGCGCGCCGCCUCCGAGUCCCAAACCCGAACCCAAGCGCGAGCCCCAUCCCGCCGUGGAUCGCCGCGUGAGGUGGGAGUCACCGGCCGGACCCCUUCGGGCCGGAUGGUGUUCGGCGCCGGCGGGGGCGAGUAGCGCGAGCGGCGACGAACGGAUCGGCGGCGCAGUCACUCAGCGUUGGGGGCGGGGGCCACCAUGUCUGCGGUAGUGUGCGGCAAGAGGUCCUCCAUCUUCGCCGACGAGCUCAUCCCUUCCUCCUCCUCCCCUCCCUCCCCUCCCCAACACCAACACCACCCUUCCAAGAGGUCCCGCUGCUCCCCGGCCCGCGCCUUCGACGACGCCGCGCGGCGGAGGGAGGCUCUCGUCCACCACCUCCUCACCCGCUUUCCUCACAUGGAUCCCCAGUUGCUUGAAAGAGCUCUUGAGGCAUCUGGAGAUGAUUUAGAUUCUGCAAUAAAGAGUUUGAAUGAGCUGCGCCUGGAGUCAGCUGAGGCUUGUGAAUCUGAGAAUGGCUAUCCUUCAGCUCUUAAGUUGUCGGCUGAGGGUGCUGUUAGUAAUGGCCAUUUGGAUGUAGUAACUGAAAACCCACCUGCAACUGAUAAUUGUCAGACUAGUCAUCAUAGUUCUGAGUGGGUUGAGCUAUUUGUCAAAGAGAUGAUGAGCUCCUCCGACAUAGAUGAUGCACGAGCUCGCACCUCCAGGGCUUUGGAGGUGUUUGAAAAAUUCAUCAUGGAGCGAAUAGGGGCCGAAGCAGUGCAGAACUUGCACAGGGAAAAUGUGAUGCUAAAGGAGCAACUGGCAAUCAUUCUGCGAGAGAAUGCUGUUCUGAAGCGGGGUGUUGCAAUACAACAUGAGCGCCAACAAGAGUUUGAUGUGAAGACUCAGGAGGUUGACAGCCUGAAACAGUUGGUUUUGCAGUAUCAGGAGCAGCUAAAAACUCUUGAGCUAAAUAAUUAUGCACUUAGAGUUCAUCUGAAGCAGGCUCAACAGAACAGUUCUAUGCCUGGCCAUUUUCCGCCUGAUGUCUUCUAAUAAACCUCAGGGGUUAUAUCCCUCAUACUGAACACCCCAAGAUAUGAAGUGAGGGAUUCACCUUUUGCUACUGUGAUAGGUAGACUCAGCACCUUUAGGCCGGGAGCUCAAUUGUUGCAUAUAUCACCAAUCAUCGGGCAUAUGCAACACAAAGCAUCAAUGUUAAGGUGUGCCCCAGGAAGUUAAGAUGAAAUGGCAUUUUAGGGUUGGCACUGCACUCGGUGCUUAGUGCUUACUUGUAACGUUGGUUUUGUGGGUUUCAAAUAUUUUCCACAGCACUACGUAACUGUGGAAAUGUAGAGCAAGGGAGUGAUGUUGCUACUGUGAUAGGUAGACUAAGACACCUUUAGGUCGAGAGCUCAAAUGUUGAAUAUAUCACCUAUUCAUCGGACAUGCAACAAUAAAGUGUCAAUGUUAAGGUGCAGAAAUUCUGUGCUCCAGGAAGAAUUAAGAUGAAACGACAUGUUAGGGUUGGGGGUGCUCUCGGUGCUUAGUGCUUACUGCCUGCCUGUAACACGGUUGUGUGGGUUUGAAUUGUAAGAGCAGAUAUAUUGUAAAAUGGUGCAAUACAAAGAAUCAAACGACAUGGUGAAAUAUUUAUAUUUUCCACAUGUUGACAUUGACAAAGAAUGUUGAUCAGUUAGAAAUAUUUGUUCUUUUUUGAAA